AUGUCUCGCCAGUCCUGUGGUUUCAGCAAGGGGUUCAGCUCCAGCUCCGCUUGCUUCGGAGGGAAGAACAGGGUCAUGUUCAGCUCCGUGUCCCGGGGAGGAUGCAGGGGAUCCGGCAACGCUGGUGGCUUCAGCAGCCGCAGCCUCUACUGCUUGGGAGGGAGUAAAAGCACCUCCCUGGGAGGAUUUGGUGGAGCCGGCGCUGUCUGCAGAGGUUUUGGUGCUGGUGGCCAAGGAGGCUUUGGAUUUGGUGGCGGCUAUGGCUGUGGUGUUGGCGGUGGCUUUGGUGGAGGCCUCGGUGGUGGCUUUGGUGGCUUUGGUGGAGGAUUUGACAUGGGAAUGGGAGGCCAAGGCUUCCCCCCUUGCCCGCCAGGCGGCAUCAGGGAAGUGACCAUCAACCAGAGCCUCCUGGCCCCGCUCAACCUCGAGAUCGACCCCGAGAUCCAGAAGGUGCGGACGCAAGAGCGGGAGGAGAUGAAGCAGCUCAACAACAAAUUCGCCUCCUUCAUCGACAAGGUCCGGUUCCUGGAGCAGCAGAACCGCGUCCUGGAGACCAAGUGGAAACUCCUGCAGGAGCAGGGGGGCGUUGGGCCAGGGGGCAGGAGCCUGGACCCCCUUUUUGAGACCUACAUCGGGGGGCUGAGGAAGCAGCUGGACUGCAUCUCCAGCGAGAAGCUGCAGCUGGACUCAGAGCUGAAGAGCUGCCAGGACAUGGUGGAGGACUUCAAGAACAAGUACGAAGAGGAAAUAAACAAGAGGACCACAGCGGAGAACGAUUUUGUGCUCCUAAAGAAGGAUGUGGAUGGAGUCUACAUGAACAAGGUGGACCUCCAGGCUAAAGUCGAUUCUCUGGUGGAUGAGAUCAACUUCUUCCGGUAUCUGUACGAGACAGAGCUGGCUCAGAUGCAGAAGACAGUAUCCGACACCUCGGUGGUCCUCUCCAUGGACAACAACCGAAAGCUGGACCUGGACAGCAUCAUCGCGGAGGUCAAAGCCCAAUAUGAGGAGAUCGCCAACAGGAGCCGACAGGAGGCUGAGUCCUGGUACCAGAGCAAGUAUGAAGAGCUGCAGGUUACUGCAGGCAAACAUGGGGACAGCCUUAGGGACACAAAGACCGAGAUCUCUGAGCUCAACCGCACCAUCCAGAGGAUACGGGCUGAGAUCGAGAGCAUGAAGAAACAGUGCGAGACGCUGCAGAACUCCAUCAAGGAUGCGGAGGAGCGCGGGGAGGUGGCGCUGAAGGAUGCCAGGACCAAACUGAACGAGCUGGAGACCGCCCUGCAGAAGGCGAAGCAGGACAUGGCCCGGCAGCUCCGCGAGUACCAGGAGCUGAUGAAUGUCAAACUGGCGCUGGACGUUGAGAUCGCGACCUACAGGAAGCUGCUGGAGGGAGAGGAGUGCAGGAUGUCUGGAGAGUGCCAGAGCACUGUCAGCAUCUCCGUGGUGGGAGGAGGCAGCAACGUCGUGGGAGGUGGAUACGGCGGCGGCCUUUGCCUUGGAGGAGGAGGAGGAAUGGGAUUUGGUGCUGGCAAGGGCAGCUGCAACCCCGCUGGCUUCUGCUACAGCCUGGGAGGGGGCGGAUUUGGCGGCAUCGGAGGCGGAUUCAGCUCUGUCGGUGGGGGCACCAGCUCAGUGGUGGUUGGGUCUGGCUCCAUCCUGAAGAAGAACAGCAGCUCCGUUGCCACCCUGAGGGCUUAG